AUUAAAAAACAAAAAUAAAAAUUAUUACAUAUGUGUUAAGGUGGUUGCCGAACCAAGGCAACAAUAGUUCAGAACACUUGACAGAUAACACAUUUAACCUUUGUAAAAUGGUUUUUCUAUUUUUAUGAUAAGUUUUCUAUUAAAAUUAAAACAUGGGCAUCCGGGGCUUAACCACCUUCGUCCAGCACCGAUCGGAGGAGUUUUUCGAUGACUACGAGCUCCACGAUUGCAACUUGGUCAUUGAUGGCAACAGCAUUGCGUGCCAGUUGUACAAAUGGCACACCAGAACCAACGAUUGUUUUGGCGGCGACUACGACAAAUACGCAGCUGUCAUCAAACAAUUAUUUAUGCUACUUAAAGAAUGCAAUGUCACACCUUAUGUUAUAUUCGAUGGGGGUUAUGAACAGAAAAAGCUGAGCACAAUUUUGGACCGAAUGAAGAAUAAGAUUCAGGCAGCGAAAGAUUUGAAUCCAGUCACUGAGGGAUCGGUAUCGGUGUUUCCUUUGUUUUUGAGGGAGGCGUUUAUUAGUGUUGUUAAGGAGUUGAACAUUGCUUGUGUGAUGUGUGACUUUGAAGGUGAUAGUGAAUCCGCCUGUUUGGCCAGAUCUCUAAACUGUCCUGUUAUAAGUUUUGACUCAGAUUAUUACAUUUUUGAUGUGCAAUAUAUUCCAUUUAGUAAUUUUGAGAUGAAUCUAAGAGUGUCUAAGAAUGGUUACAAGUAUAUUUGCUGCAAAAUUUACAGAAUUGAAAAGUUUUUAGACUACUUUGGAGGUCUUGAUAAGAAAAACUUACCCCUCUUAGCUGUGCUAUUGGGUAAUGAUUAUGUAAAAAAGAGUUUCUUCAAAGAAUUUUAUCAACACUUGAAGGUACAAAAAACUAACAGGCUACAAAAUGAACAACAAAGGAAUAUCAAAUCAGUAAUAGUUUGGCUUCAAAAUGAAACUCCAGAGUCUGCCCUCACAAAGGUACUUAGUAGGUACAAAUUAGACAAAAGGAAGAAAAUUGCUGAUAAAAUUGAAAGUUCACUUAAAGGCUAUAAUACUUUGAACACAAUUUACACAAAAUAUUUAAAUUUGAACUUGGCAAAUAAAGUAAAAUCAGAAGAUGACUCUUUAAAUAUUGACCUGAAUGCGAUUGAGGAUUGUUCAGGUGACCUAGAAGACCUAGAAACAUCUGAGGAAGAAAAUGUUGAUUUUGGAAAAUAUGAUGAUGAAUUAAGGCACAAGUUGCCCAAAGAAUUUUUGGAAAAAUUCAGAAAUUGUCAGUUUCCACCCAGUUUUAUGGAUAUAGUUGUGCAGCAUAAAUAUUACUGUAUUCCUCAAAUAGAAGACUACAGUCUGACUCCCUCCCAUCUGAUUAGUUUCAAAAUUGUGGCAGCAAUUCACAAGAUUUUAUCUGGGGACACUGCAGAGAAAUUUAAAUGUAUUGCCAGAUGUGAAAGUACUGUAAAAUUUUAUGAGGCACCUGUUAUUGAAUUAAAAUUACCAAACUACUCAGAAGUACAAACUAUGGAUCAAUCUUCAAGACAAAAACUUUUACUGAAUAUUUUGGGUAUAGAAGAUUGUUUCAUUGAAGACUGUUUAAAACACUUCCCUGAAUCUUGGCAUGUAAUGUUAAUAUCAUUAAAAUAUAAAAGUAUACAAUCAAAAUUUGAUAAUUAUUAUGUGUAUGCUAUAAUUUUAUGCGCUCUUUUACUUAAUUAUGUUGAUACUCAAAUUGGAAAGUUUAGGUCAUCAAAAGCAUUUGACUCAAAGUUUCAUCAAAUAAUACAAAAUUUAAAGCAUAACAACAGUAAUACUACUCCUGCAACAAGUAUUAAUCAAUCUUUAACAAAUAUUAACAGAGAAGACGCAAUAUUUUGCAUGAAUGACGUUAUACAUUUAUUUCAAAUGAGUUUACAGCUUAAAAGUAGCAUUAGGUAUUUCAGAUCCCAUAUAGUUCAUGAACUGGCUGAAUUCCAAAGUUGUCUUAUACACAUAUAUUAUUUAAAUAAUUUGUUAAAUCACCCUUUUGAAAAAUUUCUAGUGUACAAGUUUUAUGAUGGCACAUUUUUGUAUAAUGCUGUUGCUAAUUUUAAAAGAAGGACCAAGUUGGAUGACUACAUAAAAAUUUUAUUAAAAAGUGCUCCUUCACUGUUGAACAGUUAUGUACUAAUGAUGGAGAAUUUAAACAAGUCAAUACUAACAAGUGAAAAAGCUGCACCUCCUAGAAGAAAAAAGAGAAAAGCUAAAAAGGAAGAUGUUGAGGAAGAUGUAUAUGAGAAGCCUGAAGAAGAUGAACCUAAUAUAUAUGAUUCAAAUAAUAGAUUUGCUCUUCUUGCAUCUGUUGAAUGACUUGUAAAUAGUGGCAAUAAAAUUUAUUUUGUUACCAUUUAUAUAAAACAACAUAA